UCUGGCAUACACAGAUCACUGCUGAUCAGGGUUUACACACAGACACAUGCUCGCACACACAAAAAAUUGUUACUGAAUGAUAUAGCAGCAUAUUAUUUUUAACAAAGAAAUUCAUAAAUACAAGUAGCUCAGGAUUUCGACUAAGGCUGUCAUCAUGACUACUAAACAAGCCUGCAUCUUUCUCAGAGGAGGAACAAGGAGACAAACAAGAGCUCUUACACACGAUGAGAUUGAAGAGUUACAUCAAGCUUUUGUUGAGUUUGAUAAAGACAAGGAUGGUUUCAUAACCUGUAAGGACCUGGGGAACCUGAUGAGGACCAUGGGUUACAUGCCGACUGAAAUGGAGCUUAUAGAACUGAGUCAGAACAUUAACAUGAAUCUGGGCGGACGGGUGGACUUUGAGGAUUUCGUGGAACUAAUGACCCCAAAGCUCCUGGCUGAAACAGCAGGGAUGAUUGGGUUAAAGGAGCUAAAAGACGCAUUUCGAGAGUUUGAUUUGGAUGGUGAUGGUUCUAUUACAUCUGAGGAGCUCAGACAUGCCAUGCAAAAGUUACUGGGAGAAAAUACCUGCAAAAAGGAAAUUGAUGCAGUGGUCAAAGAGGCUGACAAUAACGGAGAUGGAACAGUUGACUUUGAGGAGUUCGUGAAAAUGAUGUCAAAGAAAUGAUAACAACAGAAUGAAUGGAUGACUGUGAAUGGAUGGGAUUCUGUUUGAUUCUAUGAUGAUCAUACGCUACUUCUGAUGAAUGAUUUCACUUUAUUAUCCUGUUAUUUAAGUGGCAUCUGUCUCACACACGCACACAUGGAGCUCAUUCAUUUCAAGUGAGCAAAUCUUUUUUUUCAUUUUGUUAAAAUUGAUGGAUAUAAAAUUGUUCAAAUGGGAUGGUGUCGCAAGUAAAAUUAGUUGACAUGUUAAUGUCUCAGUUAUAAUUAUAAGCAGCUGUUGAGAUGAACACUUUUACAAGUCAGAAACUCAAGUUUACAAUAACUCCAAUGUUACACCAACACGGCAUAAGCCAACAAAAGCCAGUAAUACUGUAAGUACCAGGACUCUGCAAAAACACAGUUGCGGGCUGAGGCCCAACCUCUUAUGAACAGCCUGCUUCUGUCAACCUCAGCUUUUCUUUAUAAGUUACAUUUCACUCACCUAUUUUAAUUCACUUUAGGGCAAAAAAAUCAUAAUGGAAAAUGAGCCAAUAGCAUUUUAUGAUACCUUGCAGUAGAUAACGAUGUGUGGACAGCAUGGGAGGGAAUUAACUAUGUGCAUGCUUCUUCCAAAGGAAGAUCAGUUGAUAUGUUUCUAAGGCUUUACUGGUUGUGGACAAUGCCAACAGCUCUUCCAAAAUGCAGCUCCUCGUCUGCUGUAGGGAGUGUCUGUAGUUGAAUCUGAUCCAGAGGACAUUAUUUAUCAGUUGACAAUGUUCAGCACUGACCUCACAAAAGUAAUGUUUGACUCUGCCUUUAAUGUACCUGGAGAACAUGAUCUCAGGAGGGCCGACUGUCCUCUACUGCCACUUUUUCACCUCCCAUGCUUCUGGCUCAAUAGGGUGUA